AUGGAGAAGAGCGGGAGACAUUUGUACUGGUUCAUCGAUCUUGCGGUGGGGCAUGUUGUUGGUUUGAGGAUGGAAGCUCUACCGCCAGAUGAGAGGGUAGUUUUGGUGGGCCACAGUGCUGGUGGGGCGGCCAUUUCUGUUGCUAUGGAAUGGUUCCCUCACAAAGUUGCUGUUGCCAUUUUUGCUUCCACUGUAAUGCCUGGUCCUGACUUCACUCUUCAAUCAAGCUAUCGGCAAAAGUACAGAUCGUUCGAGGAUAUUGGACUAUUUCAUGGACAACAAGUUUACAUUCGACCCAAAGCACGUGUACCCGUCUUCUAUGGUCCCAAGUUCUUAUCAACCGAGUUGUAUCAACUCUCACCACCUCAGAGUUCGACUCUUGCAAGGUUGUUGGAGAGACCAGAUCAUGUGUCUAAUGGUGCAGCGUUGUUGCAGGACACAUCACUUACCAAGGAAAAGGUGGCGACGCUGUUGAAAUUGGCAGGUCAUAGAGUCACCGCCCUCGACCUAGCUGCUUCUGGGAUUAACCCAAAGCAGCUGUAUGAGCUCCGUACCAUCUCAGAUCACCUGGAGCCAUUGCUGUCAUUCAUGGCGGCGUUACCAGCGGAGGAAAGGGUUGUUUUUGGUGGGGCAUAG